CUGGACGUCCGUACGACUACAAGUGUUUCCCGCUGCCAUCCCAUAUGCUUUGAUUUAGAAAAGAAAGAAAGAAAACCUACCUGACGAUUCAAUUGAUUAUCUUCUUUGUUAUAUAUAGUUCUUCUCUUGUGCACCGACAACCCGACCGCUGCAUUUCACAGCACAGAGGUCAUCAAAUUUGCAAGAGACGUCAAGGCUAAAAAGGAGAAAUGGUUUCUUCUUUGUGAUUGUCGCUUCUACACACGCCAUCACUUUUCUGAUUAAUUAAAUACUCGGAACAGCUCACCGACACACCCACAGUGAAGAUAUGUGAUGCUUCUUUGAAGAAACCCCUGGAAUUAGCGACACACAACUCAAGGACACCACUAUAGGCAUAUUACAUUGAGGAAACUUCAAAAAUGCCUAGCACGCGACACAACCCCGAUCCCUGUGCUCAAUUCAGGAUGCUAGGACACCCGUGCUCCAGCCAACAUCCGCAACUGCUGCCGUCCGUUUACCAGGCAGCGCUCAAUCACGCCGGUCCUUACGGGCACGCGAGGGCCAUUUCGCAUACACCCUGGGAGGCUGUCACGUUCGUCGCUGUAAGUGCGAUUGUGUUGGUGGCCUACAUAGCCGUACUGGGUUACCUAGCAACGAGGGCGCUGCGUCAGGUUCCUCGCGGAACAUCGGGUGGCUCUUUGCCCGGAGGCUUACUGGACACGCGAAUUGUUUACAAUGCUAAAACAGAUUCUUGUCAGCCUCCCAUGCCGGCCGAAUUAACUGACACACCUGACGGUUCCUUCGACGUCUAAAAUUAUCAAUUACGUCUGUUGAGGCAUUCAUUUUUUCAAUCUUUUAUUUUCUUCAAGUUUUUGGGGUUCGUUUGAUUUAACUUUUGUCAGCCAUUUCUUUCUUGCGAUUGUCUGUCCCAAUUGUCAAACUCUGCGCUUGUAAACUUCAACAUCUCAAAUCUUUGUCGAUAUUGAUUUUUAAUUCUAUGCAUAUUUUAAGCAUCAUUAUCAAGCAACUGCUGAUGGAACUGGUGUUGUUUGACAUCACGGCCCUGGGAAUAAGAGAUAGAUCCUUGUACGUACAACCACUAUUACGUACAAAUGAUCCGACAUGUCAGAUUACGUCUCUCAUUUCCACUUGUCUCUCGCCAUGUUCUUUUGAUCAGCUCUAAAAGCUUCGUUAAUUAUUUUCGCUUUUCCGAUCGGAUCAUUCGGAAAGCGAGAAAAACUAUGUAGAGGCUCACUGUGAAAACUUGAGAGCAAAAAUUCAAGAAAAACUUAAAGUUUUGUGCUACGCUGAAUUCGGGCAGAAAACUUACGCGCAUCUUCGAGAAAAGAAAUAUCAUUAACUUAUAUAUAGAUAACACUAGUGUACCAUAUACUUCAAGCCAUUAAGUAGAAGCAAAUUUGAACAGAUGUAUUAUUACAAGAUUUAUUUAUAACUCAUAAUCCGGGAGGGAGAAUUCGGUUAAUCUGUAAAGAUUUCACGUCAUUCACAGAAUAAUUCGGCCCAAAUUGAACGGUUCAAAAUUGAAAACAAUUGUGAACAGGAUUAUUAUUAUUAGUCUUCCGUUUUCUAAUUUCCCGGGACAAACAAACAAAAAAAGAAUAAUGCGACCAUGCCAAUGCUGAAUAAACAGAUUCCCGUCUAAUAUACUUUAUAUUCACAACCUAUAUCAUUCCACCGUUUUCUUUUCAAUAAUAUUUUUGGUUUGAUAUACUAAAUGCAAUAGUGUGGAAAUGACUCCCAGACAAUAAACGAGAUUCGUUGUGUGUGUUA